AUGCCAGUUGUUGUUCGUUCAACCUGUGGUUCAUGCUGUGGUCCACGAUGUGUAGUACGUACUACUACUGUAUGCUGUAGACCUGCACCAGUCAAAGUGAUCAAGAAGACAACUGUCACCGUCCGCAAAUCACGUGCUAAACCUGAACCGGUUGAUUCGACAUUAUCCCAAACACCAAAUAGAUUAUGUGAACAUGUUCGAAAAAGAAAAUUUUUAAUGUGGAUAAUACUUGUUGUCGUUAUUCUUAUUCUGAUGGUUAUUAUCAUUCCAACAGUGAUUGUGAGUAAGAAAAACAAUGAUGCUUUAAUGACAUUAGCACAGACAACUGCAACAGAACAAACAACAAUAGAAGUGGUAGCAACGGAGUCUCCUACAACAUUAAAAUUGAUAUCAACGCGAUCUUCUACAACAGUUAAAGAUAAACAUAUCCGGAAAUGGAAUCAAAAUGGAUUAACGAUUGCUGGAGGAAAUGGCUGCGGAGAUGGUUCACAUCAACUUUGGUACUCGGAGGGUAUCUAUGUUGAUGAUGAUAAUCAAAGUGUUUAUGUUGCAGAUACGUCGAAUCAUCGAAUCAUACAAUGGAAAUAUGGUGCAAAAACUGGUGAAGUUGUUGCUGGUGGAAAUGAAAUGGGCGAUGAAAUGAAUCAAUUGUCUGGUCCCAUCGAUGUGGUCGUUGACAAAAAGGAUAAUUCUCUUAUUAUUUGUGAGCACUCAAAUUGGCGUGUCGUACGAUGGUCUCGCGAACGUCAAAUCAUCGAACAAAUCCUUAUGUCGUCGAUAACAUGUCUAGGUCUAGCAAUGGAUAGUAAUGGAGAUCUCUAUGUCACUGACCAUUCCAGUGUUCGAGUUAGACGAUGGAAUGAUGGGGAGACAGAAGAUGGAACUAUUAUAGCUGGUGAUUAUGAACCUGGAUAUCACGCUAAUCAACUGAGUUCGCCUUGUUAUAUCUUUAUCGAUCAAGAACAUUCAUUGUAUGUGACCGACACGUUUAAUAAUCGUGUAAUGAAAUGGAUGAAAGAUGCAACAGAAGGAAUUGUUGUUGCUGGUGGACAAGGCAAAGGAACGGCUUUAUCACAAUUGAAUAGUCCUCGAGGAGUGAUUGUCGAUGAGUUCGAUAAUGUUUAUGUGGUUGACGUGUUCAAUUAUCGAAUAGUACGUUGGUCGAAAGGUGCAAGCGAAGGUAGUAUUGUAGUUGGUGGGAAUGGAUUUGGAAAUCAGCCAGAUCAGGUCGGUCGUGCUCAGGAUGUAUCUUUUGAUCGCCAGGGUAAUCUUUACCUGGUUGAUUCUGAUAAUUGUCGAGUAUUAAGAUUCGAUGUUGAUUAUGACUGA